UGCAAAUGAAUAUACGAGUAUCAGUGAAGUAUUGUGGAAGGAGUUUGACUGCUUAAAUCAAUCCCAAGACAACUCUCAAUGACAUAAUUUAACACACUAUAGAUGGAGGAUAUGCGUAAAAAAUGUGUGAUUAAAUAUAGUAAAAAGUAGAUGCUACAGAAUCCAGGAGUGUAUUUGUCUGAUAGAGCAAUAUUGUGCAAAGGAGAUGAGCUCAAAAAGGCUUUGGAAGUUUACUUUCCAAUGAUUUCACUUUAAGGUCCACCUGUGGAAUUACUAAUUCUAAGGGAGGAGGAGUUCAUUGAAUAUGAUAUUGCAAUAAAAUCAUAGCCUAAAUUGGUCGAUAGCGAGCCUCCUGAUUUGGGGGAUUCUCAACCAAUUUAAAAAUAACCAGAUGUUAGUGAUUUAUUUCCACAAUCAAAUUUGAUGAUUUCAUAACAAGGUGCAAUGAAUUAAGGACAGUUUAUUUUGAAGUUUAAAACAACAGCUAAUUUAAGCAAACAAGGAUUCGAAUUAAAAAAUCUAUCAGAUAAUAAUACGAUCAAUGAUAUCAAGGAUCAACUAUUUAAAUACUUUGGCUUCCAUGAUAGGUAAUAACUCAAAAUAAAAAUAGAUCGAUUGUUGAUUUGGAUCUUUAUUAUAAUGAUAUCCCACUCUAAGGGGUAAAAUGCAAUAGAACUUUAGCUUAGCUAUCUAUACCCAAUGGGGAGACAAUAGAAAUUAAGGCAAGAUGGACAGGAGGCAGUUUGGCAUGAUAUAAGAUUAUUCAAUAGAAUAUAAAAUAAAAAU